AUGAAGGGGAGUUUAGGUGACUUGGAGCACCACUUGACUGAAUCCACUUUGGAUUCUUUGGAUUCUUUGGAUGUACAAAGUGCCUUGCUCGCGCGCUCCUCGAGAUCCUCUGUCGGUGAGCACCUCAACCGUACCAGAGAUGAAGAGCUCGAGGAGUCCCUGGAUGCUGUGGUCUCGGCGAAAUUCUUCGGCGGGAUCGUCAGCACCUUCGAAGGAAUGACCCAGGUGGUUCAGAAUGCCGGCAUGACCGUGGGCUCGGCCCUUGCCAAUGCCGCCGUCGUGGUCGGGAAUCAUGUCAUCCGGGCACCGAGCCUGCGCUUUAACCAGCUGCCUCAGGGCCUUCAAAGCUUCGCGGAGGACCUGGGAUCGCAGGCCCUGAACGUUGCCACUAUCACAGCCCAAACCACCGUGCACGUGGCCCAGCAGGCAGCGAGAACAACGAUCCAGCUGGCAGAGACUGCGUUGGAGCACGCGAAGAAGACGGCCGAGCAAGGGGCAAAGCUGGCAACCAAAGUGGGAAACUUCAUCGCAGACCAAGCUACCCGACUGGGAGGCGAGAUCGCCAAGCUUGGGCCUUUGGCCGCAGGCCUGGGGACUGCAGUUUGGAACGAGAUGAAGAAGUUCAUCAGCUGCCUGCAGGAGUCCACAUCUCUUUGUCAGCUGCUAAUUGGAAAGGAGUGCGAUUGCAGUGCCGGAAGCUACGUCAAGAUGCAGCACGACAGGAUGGAGCUGAGGUGCGUCUUCAGCAAAGUCUCCGAGUUUUCGCAGGGCUUCGGGAUCAAGGCAACCCGGGAUGGCAAGGGCAAGACUGAAACGGGCUUGGUGCCGGGAGAAGAGUAUGCACAGGCCUACAAGAUGUACAACGACUUCAGAAUGUCCCCACCGAACUUGAAAGAGAUGUACGAGGAAAUUCCUCAGCCCGUGUGCGAAGUAGGCCUGCACGUGGCCGUCGAUGGCGUCUCGCAGUUCAGUCCUGAUGUCACGGUGACCGUGCACACGAACGGAGACACGCGGGUCGAGAUCAGCGGCUCCAUCCGGGCAUCCUACGACACGCUCGUCAAAGGGCAGGGCAGCUGCAGCUACACGCUCACAAGGGGCAUACCGGAGAAGCCCGCAACCAAGGUGAUCUGUGCCGGGAAAUUCUGCAUCCUGAUCUCGCUUCAGAUGGUUGCAGCCCUGGAGGGGAAAGGCGUGCUCACGGGAACCAUCGACAUGUCUACCGAAGUGGAGUUCGAGAUCUCCGCCGUUGUCGUUGUCAACAAGCACGGCCAUGCCGAGGUGACUGCGAACAGCCCGACCAUGAAGCACCAGGAAGCUGUCAAGAUCGGCGCCAGCGCCGACGCAUCCCUAAGGCUGAGCGUCGGGCCAGAACUCGUAGUGUGGCCCAUGCCGGGAAUUCCCAUAACGUUUGAACCCAAGAUGCAUGCCGAAGCCAAAGCGAGGGGCACUAUCCAGCACCCCACUGGUGCACUGCUGCUCGACCAGGAGUCUGAUUGGGUCUCCCUUCCUUCGAACACGAGCUCAAACGCAAGCUUCAGCCUUCUCGAAGCGCAGGAGAGCCGGUCCAACGUGCUCGAGCCUUGUGGCGCAGCGGCCGUGACGAUCUAUUCGGACUUCGGCAUCGACGGCUUCGGGCUGCCCAAAUGGCUGAGGGCUUUGUUGAAUGACGGCUUGCUGAGGCACCUGAUCCGUGCGGCCUUGAUGAAAGGUGCCGAGGCGAUGAUGCAGAUGAUGACCGGCCCCAUGCAGUGCGUCCCGGGAGCCUCUGCACUCACCGACCGGGUCAUGGAGGCUGCGAGCUCAGCGGCUUCGGCCAUCUCAAACCUGAUCCCGGACCUGGGCCUGAGAUGGGACUUCAAGACGAUCCAGCUUCUACAGCCUCAGAAGCACUUCUGUGAGGAGGUGUGGACGACACCGAACUUCCAGGAAGCUCCUUGUGCAUCCGAGCUCGGCUGUAAGACUGCUGGCCAGGGACGCCCAGACGAGUCGGAGGUCGAGGUUGUGCCACCAGCAAUGGUGACGAACACCCCUCGAAACACUCCGGGCUCGCAAACAUGCUUCGACCUUCCCAUGGGAGAUCGCUUCAUACAGAUUGGCAAGUGGCGCCUUGCCGAAAUCGACUCGGACCACUUCACGAUCUCGCACCAGGACAAGAAAGUGCCCACCUUGUGGAGGGGUUCUGAUGGGUCGAUCCACCGUAACCACAGAAGCGGCUGGGAGAUUUAUUGGCAUGCCUGGGGCAGGCCGAUCGGGCAAGCCAAGCAGAUCAAGUUUGGGUUCCAGUUCGUCCAGAUUGGCAACUUCCGCAUCGGCGCAGUCGACGACAACCACUUCUCCGUUUCGCACAUCCGCUCCGGGAAGAGUGCUGUGUACAAGAACGAUGGUUCCAGGAUGUCGGACCGCACUGACUAUAACGUCUUGGACCGUUACGAAGGUCCUCCCAUGGGUAUCACCGUCGGAGAUAAGUUCCUGCAGAUAGGCAACUUCCGCCUUGGCGACGCGGAUGGCUCGAACCUGCCCUUGAUUUGGACGCAUAACGGGCAGAAGCGGGCGCUUCAGGUCUUCACGAGUGCCGGCCAAGUCGCCGACAACAACCAGGGUUUUAACUACGUGUUGAACCGUCCCGUGGCCCCAUGGACCUGCAAGAGCAUUGCGGAGGUGGCCCAUGGAGUCUGCAAUCCGAACUUCGGAUCCUGGGGAGACCGCUUCGUGCAGCUUGGCGACUGGCGCUUGGCCGCUCUCGAUGCGGACCACUUCAGCAUCUCCCACAAGAACGGCAACAACGCCCAAAUCUACAAGAGCAAUGGCCUCCGCUACUCCGGACGCUGGAGUGACAGUGCCUGGCGCAGGCCCAUCGGCAUUCCCUCCGGCAUCACCUUUGGGAGCGAGUUCAUCCAGAUCGGCAACUUCCGCUUGGGAGCGCUGGACCACGAUCACAUGAGCAUCUCCCAUCAGAAUGGGCACACCCCACAGCUUUUCCGAGGGAGUGAUGGCACCAUUCAUUCAGUGCCGAAGGGCACGUGGAAUGCGUGGCAAGGAACCCGGUGGGGACGCGAUGCUGGUCCCGCCGGAUUGGGCUAUGGGGAUCGGUUCUUGCAAAUUGGCAACUUCCGCAUCGGGGUUGGGGACGAUCAGCAUUUACUGCUGACCCACACCAACCCCGCGAAUGGCGCCAGCCAGGCUAUUCAAGCGUACAAAUCCGAUGGCACGGUCCUGGGACGCCCGACGAUUGUUGGGACCACCCAUUUGGUCCACCGACCCACACAGUGGCACUGUGGUGCCAUCCAGAGCAUCCUCGGAUCUUGCUCAGGAAUCACCACAGGCCCCGGGUUCAUCCAGUUUGGGGACUGGCGCCUGGCGGCGCUUGACUCGUGGCACUUCACCAUCUCCCACCGCAGCAUCAACACGUGUAUGAUCUUCACUGCUGAUGGGCAUCACUACCCGGGACCACGCACGGACUUCAGCGGCUGGGGCAUUGAGCCCAGGCACGUGGCCCAUGGAGAGAUCGGGGAAGUGAAGUUGGGAGAUCGUUUCAUCCAGUUCGGAAAGUACUGGCGGAUCGGCGAAGCGGAUUCCAGGCAUCUCUCCGUCUCUCAUGUUCAUGGCAAGACUUCCUACGUCUACGGCGCAAACGGCCAUGUGAUUGGCGGUCCCCUCACCGACUACAACCUCUGGUCUCGCAAGUACACCGGUAAGCCUAAAGGCGUUUCCUUUGGGGAUCGCUUCGUGCAGAUCGGCAGCUUCCGAGUAGGAGCCGUUGAUGGUUGGCACUUCUCCGUGUCGCACUUUGAUGGCAAGACCGCUGAGAUAUUCACCGCAGACGGGCAUCGACAUAUGGGGAACGGACACCGCACCGACUGGACGACCUUUGGUCGUCCGCUGGGGGAUUGCCAAGUUCUACCCGAGAGCCAGCGGCUCUUCACAUUCAGCUCUUUGGUCGCCUUGUACAGCCCCGUGGCCAGGCGUUACCUACAGCUGAACAAACAUACCGGAGACAUGGCUGCCACGGGUGUCACGGACAUCAAACCGGAUUUUCCCUAUGGCCACACCUUCGAGCGCUUCGCCGUCGUCGACGCGGGCAACGGGAAGGUCGCGCUGCACAACGCCUUCAGCAACCGCUUCGUGAAGAUGGCCGGGGACCAGAUGACCGUCAGCCCAAUCCAGGCGGCCAAGCACCUCGCACAUGACUGGGAAUCCGAGUUCUUCGAGGUCGUCGAUGCAGGAGAUGGAAUGGUGGCACUCCACAACUUAGCCAACAACCGCUACAUCACCAUGGAAACGAGUGGACACGUCAGAGCCAGCAGCCACCGAGAUGCCCACGCGCUGCCUGCAGAUUGGACCCUUGAGCGCUUCUACAUGGUGCCUGUGAAGAACUACCUUCAGCCUGGCACGAUGGUGGCCCUGCACAAUGCUGCUCACAACCGCUUCCUGCGCAUGAACGGCCACUACAUGGAUGCCAGCAGCCCCCACCACGCCGCCCUUCCCGAUGCCUGGACGGGGGAGCGAUUCAGAGUGGUGGAUGCAGGCAACGGCAUGAUUGCAUUGUACAACCAUAUCCACAAGCGCUACGUGAAGAUGACCGGUGACACAGUGGUUUGCAGUCCGCAUCCGCCUUCGGAUGCUCGGAUGCAGCAGUCAUUGUUCCCCAAUACCACAAGCCCGAGCCCCCGCAAAACUGGGAUCUGGGUCCCAUAG